AAUAAGAAUUUUUGUAAAAUGUUAAACAAAGAGUUUUCUAAAAUUACCUAGAAAGAAAAACUGUGUAAGUUAAUAGCAAAAAAAAGUACAGAAAUUAAAUAAAAAAUACUGAAAAAAUCUCAUAAUUAACAAAUGAACAAGUGCAAUUCAUAGAUACAUAUGUACUACAUACACCUAAACACAAUUACAACUCAGUAGAUACUAUUAUAUAUGUAGUAGUAUUAAAUCUUAAAAAAAUAUAAUUAAUACAUACAGAAAAAUCAAACCUGGAUUAUAAUUGAAACUUUUCUAAAAUUUUUGUGAAAUUAUCUGUUAAAAUACAAAAAAAGACUAAAAGGAGGACAUUUGCCAAUUAUUUUCGCAAAAAUGUCGCCAGACAAUCCUACACAAAUAUUGACGACUCAUGAUUUGAGCCAAUUACGUACCUUACAACAAACAGUGACAACAGCUACCGUAGUGGCAGCCGCUUCAAAUGGUCUAAGAUAUCAUACGGCUGGGACACAACAGCAACAACAACAACAUCAUUCACAACUUUUGCCAAAUACUUUAAAUAUCACCUCUUCAGCAGCAACAGCAGCAGCAACAAUAUCUGCUCACACAACAACGGCAAAUAAUUUUAAUAAUAUUUUGGCAGCCGCCACAAAGGCAACAUUUCUAAAUUCAUCUACAGCACCAGGAUCUUUUAAUGCAACCACCAUGCCAGCCACUUCGAAAUAUGUGCUACUGCAACAAAAUCGUAACGGACAGUUUACAGCAUACGAUGGGACCACAACCGCCAUUACAACUAGCAAUGGCAAUAGCAAUAACAAUGGAACGUCUCAUACUACGGGCAAUAUUGUACUACUAGCAGCAGAACCUUUAGAUGCCACCACUAACACACACAAUGAACAUCAUCACCAUUCGCCUCACCAACAUCACCAACAGCAGCAGCAGCAUGUCAUAACGACUUCAACUACAAAUGACAAUGACGAAGAGUUACGUUCUCUAGCCUGGCUAAACAAUUCCAAUUUGAUUAAAGAAAUUGUAACGACCACAACUCCCACCAGCAACACUAGCGGCGGCAGUAAUAGCGGCAGCCAUCCAAAUAACACUACCCCUCAGAAACGUCCUCUAUUGAGUAAUACCAAUAUUUGCAUUGUCAAUGCAGCCAAUGCUCAUGACUUAAUUGAAGAGUUGCCUCAUCAUGUGGCCGGCGAAGAGCAAGUCAUCUCGACAAAUGUCACUGGUGGCUGUACUACUGAAUUGCCGGCUGAAACACAAAUAACCACUUUAAGUGCCAGUGAUUUUCAGCAGCAAUUUAAACGUUUUAGCGCCGUUGAUUUAAAGGAUACGAAAAUUUAUGGCAACAUUGCGGCCUUAGGAGGUGCUACAACCACAGUGCAUGUGGGUCCCAGUGGAACCACUACUGUGGUGGAGUAUAAAGCAGGCACGAAUUUUCUGCCCGCAAGACAACUUUUAAGCAACUCGAAUGGUGGUGGUGGUGGCGCUCACCUUAAUGCCACAAAUUUAAGCAAUAGUCAUUCUAAUAACAAUAACAACAACAAUUCUUCCCUUGUGCCUUCUUCAUCAUCAUCUAUAACGGGUGGUGGCAAUAACAAUACAACAACUGUAGUUGUAGCUACCAAUCACACUGGGUCCAAACAAUUAACACUGCCCAGUACUACUUCAAUUGUUGCCAAUGGCAAUAGUGUUGUUAAUGGCAGCAACAUAGCAACGUCGAUUACAACAAGCAGCAGUAACAAUGUUACUACUAACACAAUUUAUCAAGGUCAUAAAAAUAAUUCUACUCCCGUUUCAAGUAGCAGCAGCAGUACCACCCAUCAUCCUCACAAAAAAUACUUAAGAGAGAAAAUGAAUGUUUUGGAUCAAGGUGGCGGUAAUAACUCUACCACUAUAACGUCAAAUAACUACAGUAACAAUACAGCUUCCUCUGUUUUAUCCGCCACGUCGUCUGCUUCUCAAAUUGCCACAGCUGUUGGCUCAACUAUUACCGUAGUUUCAUCACCUGCCUCUUCAAAUACUUCACUCUCCUCCUCCCUGUCUACGGCAGCUAUUAAUGGUGGCAAUAGUCCACCUUUAAGUAAAACAUCGUACUUUACUUUAAGUGGUUCAUCAACACCUAUAGCUCUAAAUUACAGCAGCUCAAACUCCUCAACCACAGCACCAUUUAUAGCGGUUUCUUCAACUAACUCCUCGUCAUCAGCUGCUUCGCCCACAACACUUACAACAAGUGUUAUACCACCCGGUUAUACUUUAGUAAGUCAUCCAGCUUUGCCUCUUGUUACAAAUUCUCCUGCAGCUACACAUCAGCAACAACAACAACAGCAACAUCAUCAAGUCGUGGUUUCCUCACCAACUCUAAUGGUUUCACCAGAAAUACAAACACAACCUCAACAUACAACCAAAGAAUUUUAUACACUUAGUAGUACACCUCAACAAUUGCAGCAUCAUUUACAACAGCAGCAUCAAGCAAUACGCAGUCCUACCUCCUUUUCCAGUUACGAUAAUGAUUCUCUUAAAGAUUUUGAAAUAUCCAAUAGUAAUUCAAACAUUUCAAACCAAAGAAUUAAUAAUUCUACACCUCAGCAACAACAACAACAGCAGCAGCAACAACAGUCGCCUCUAACGCCAAAAUCAUCUUCCUCCUCAUCGUUAACCAUUAAUACCAAUCAGAAUAAUAUGCAGACUACACCACAAAAGCAAAAACAUACCAAUAAAGUGCCAUAUGAUCCACUGGUACACACACACAACAAACCACCCUAUAGUUUUAGUUCCUUAAUAUUCAUGGCCAUAGAGGGAUCACAAGAGAAGGCUUUGCCUGUUAAAGAAAUCUAUGCUUGGAUAGUGCAACAUUUUCCCUACUUUAAGACUGCACCUACUGGCUGGAAAAAUAGUGUGCGUCACAAUCUUUCACUGAACAAAAGUUUUGUUAAAGUGGAAAAAGCACCGAAUAUGGGUAAAGGUUCCUUGUGGCGUGUCGAACAGCAACAAAGACAAAAUUUAAUACAAGCCCUUAAUCGUUCACCCUUCUUUCAAAAUUCAUCGGCUGAUAAGAUUAGUCUGAAGAGUCCAGGAGGUGGUUCGAUAGGUUCAUCACAGGGUUAUGAUGUUUUAGAUGGUUCCAAAUCAUCGACAACAUCUUCAUCACAUAUCAAUUCACGUUUCGAUCCAAAUCUAUUUCCCAAUCUAUCGAAAGCCUUUAAAGACAUCAGUGAUGUAGUGCCCGAUGUUCCUGAUGAUGAAUAUCCGUCCGAUUAUAGUACAACCAAAACAAAUCAUCUUACUAACAACAACAACAAUAACAACAAAUACAAUUACCCCACAAAUAAUCCACAAAAUGUUCAAACCAAUGGCAAUUCCCACGCUAAUAGCCACAACAACAACCAGAACAACAUCAAUGGCAACAGUACGAACAAUACAAACAAUUCCUCUUCCAUAAUGGGUGCUUUUAGCAAUUACGAGAGCAUAGAACGCUUGGCCAGAGAUUGCGGUGCUGAUAGCAUAGACGAUGUAAAUGCCGCUACUGCUAUGUUGGCUUUAAAACACGGACCAAAAGUUUUUGCCGAAACUUUCCAAAAUGGAUCACCUGUUAUAACAUCUUCCCCUAGUGAAGAUCAUACAUAUUCUGCUGGUGGCGGUGGCAGUGCUGCUGGUAGUGGUGCUUCUACCCCAUUAAUAAAUGGUAAUUCAUCGUUAGUUUUAAAUGGCAAUGGCCAAACAUCAUCAUCAUCACAACAAGGCUGUGCAGAUAAUCAAAGUAAUUGUGCUUCAUCAGAUGCUGCCUACGAAAGUAGUGAAGAAUGCCACAAUAUCACUCCAGAAGAAUUGGAAGAUCAACAACGUCACCGUGAUGGCGUAGAUGCCUUACUAUCACUUUCUCUAUCCUCAGGUAUUGAUACUAGUUCUACAACCACCAAUAGUCAAAAUUCCAGUCUUAGUUCUAACUCACCGAUUAAAAGACCACCUUCUACCACCGUCGAGGAAGAGCACACCAUAUCCACCUUGGAUAGAAAUAGCAACUAUCAUCAUCAUAAUCAUCAUCAUCAUCAGCAGCAACAACAACAGCAGCAGCAUCAACAGCAUCUAGCACAACAACCACACAACAUGAGCAAAAUGGCCUUAUUAAGUACAGCAGCUGCAAAUCUAUCCUAUGCCACUGUAAAUGGCAAUUCCAAUAGACAUUCAAGCAACACAUCAUCCUUACUAGAUGAAGGUUAUAAUACACAAAGUUACUUUGGUUCCACCAACAACAACAGCAAUACCACCAACACCAAUGGUGCCACACACAGCAAUCAUAAUCAUAAUCAUCAUCAUUAUGGUGGUUUACAUCAUGCUUUAACACCCCAAAAGAAACCAAAAACCUUAAGAAGUUUACGCACCAAAAUUAAACGCAAAGCUCCCUGGAUGAGAUGAACUUGGUAAUCAAAUCAAAACUAAAUAAAAAGAGGUAAUUUUUUUUAGAUUUUUUUUAUUGUAUCUAUAUAAACAUAUUUCUAAAAUACACUAUCAACUAACUUAACAAAAAAAAAAAAGAAAAAUUAA